AUUUUUAAAAGGUGCGGGAGUUCUAGUCAUUUGAAAAAUCCGAAUACAAGUAAACUUUUUAAAAUCCAUCGAUUUCUUUGGCUUCGAUUUGGUAAAAGAAAUUAUUUUGCUCUCUCUGGCUUCACUAAUGUAGCGCACCUAAUCGAUUGAUCUCUGGCUUCACGGAGGGGCUUCGGGUGGAGGAUAUUCGGAAGCUUCGGGCGAGGCUGGCGGGUGCCGUCUGCCGAGGCAGAGAGCCAUGAGUACACUUCAAUUUUAGGUCUUUACUCUUCAGGCUGACAGAAUUCAGCCCCUUCCGCCCUUUUCAGACACAAUUACCCAAAGUCCGGCACUUAGACCUUCAGAUUUCAGGUAUAUUCUUGGUAUACCAUUCCAGAGUGAUGAAAAAGAGACCAAAUCUUUUGAUUCACAUUCAUGGGAAGUUACAGAUUUUCUUCAAGAGCUCUAAAUUAUCAUUUUGUUCUUGUGCCCUUGAGGAGAAACACAAGGGUGGUAUUGGCCGGUCUGAAUCAGAAAAUGAAUGGGAGAGAUUACUUAAGCCUUAUGACCUCAAACAACUGCGGGAAUCUCUUAAAAAGAUUAGCCCUUAUCAGCUAAACAAGCUAUUGGCACUGCCUCUGGAUGUAGCCACUUUGAUGGAGCUAUUUGAAAGGGCAGGCAGGCAGACAGGGUAUAACCAUACAUAUGAUGGAUACUAUACUUUGAUUGAUAAGCUUGGGGUUGCAAAGGAGUUUCAUUUCAUAGAUAGGCUGCUAUUGCAGAUGAAGCAAGAAGGUAUGAUUUUUAGGGAGUCCCUUUUUAUAAUGAUUAUGAAGCAUUUUGGAAGAGCUGGUAUCCCGGGGCAGUCAACCAGACUACUUUUUGAUAUGAAGAGUACAUUCUCUUGUCAACCAACAUUUAAGUCAUACAAUGUCGUGAUAGACAUUCUUGUGGUGGCCAAUUGCCCAAAGGUUGCCCAAAAUGUUUUUUAUGAGAUGUUGAACAAAGGUAUAUCCCCUACCGUGUGUACGUUCGCUAGAGUCAUACAAUCGUGUUGCAUGGUCAAUGAUGUGGACACUGGAUUUUCACUUCUUAGGGAUAUGAUGAAACAUGGUUGUGUUCCUAAUUCAGUAAUUUACCAGAUGCUUAUACAUUCACUCUCUCACUCUAAUAGGGUGAACGAAGCACUUCAACUAUUAGAGGAGAUGUUCCUUAUGGGUUGCAUCCCAGAUGUUAAUACUUUCAAUGACAUCAUACACGGGCUUUGUUAUACUGGUCGGAUCCAUGAGGCUGCUAAGUUAGUUGAUAGGAUGUUUGCUCGUGGUUUCGUCCCAGAUUCUAUAACUUAUGGAGUCUUACUGAAUGCUUUAUGUUGGUGUGGGAAGGUGGAUGAAGCAAGAGUUCUAUUUAAUAAAGUGCCCAAUCCAAACAAUGUCUUGUUUAAUACUUUGUUUAAUGGUUAUGUGAGUAAGGGCCAAAUGGAUGAAGCAAAAGCUUUUCUCAACGAAAGUGUGUUGAGUAUUGGCUAUCAACCAGAUGUUUAUACAUAUAAUAUUCUGAUACGGGGGUUUUGGAAGAAAGGGGAUUUGUCUUCUGCUCUUGAGACGUUGAAUGAAAUGUCAGUUGGUGCUUCAAAGCCCAAUCUGGUGACAUAUACUAUGUUAGUUGAUGGUUUCUGUAAGCUUGGUCAUCUAAAGGAAGCUUACCAGAUCAUCAGUGAGAUGUCUGCGAAUGGUCUCAGCCUUAACACCGUGGGCUAUAACUGUCUUAUAUCCGCUUUAUGCAAAAACGGGAACAUUCAAGAAGCCUUUGAAAUUUUAAGUGAUAUGCGGCAUAAAGGAUACAAACCUGACAUUUUCACUUUUAAUGCAUUGAUUCUUGGACUGUGCAUGAUUGAUAGGGUUGAUGAGGCACUAGGGAUGUACCUGGAAGUCUUCCAAGAGGGAAUCAUUGCUAAUACAGUGACCUACAAUACAUUAAUUCAUUAUUUAUUGAAGAAAGGUGCAACCCAAAAAGCACAUAUGCUAGUGAAUGAUAUGGUUUUCAGAGGAUGUCCCCUUGACGAGAUUACAUAUAGCGUACUGAUCAAAGCACUUUGCAGAGACAGAGAAGUUGAGAAAGCAUCAGUACUAAUUGAAGAAAUGUUGAGCAACGGCUUUCAACCUAAUAACACAUGUUGCAAUGUUCUGAUUAAUGCCUAUUGUACCAUGGGUAAGGUACAGAAUGCACUUGAGUUUAUGAAAGAGAUGAUCCUGAGAGGAUUGACACCUGAUAUCAUUACGUAUAAUAGUUUGAUAAAUGGGCUGUGUAAGAUGGGGAAAGUAGGAGAAGCGCAAAACCUGUUUGAAAAAUUGCAACUUGAAGGAGUUUGUCCUGAUGCUAUAACUUACAAUACCUUGAUUUUUACAUAUUGUAAAGUAGGGAUGCUCGGUGAUGCUUAUGUGCUAUUAAAAAGUGGCACCUCAAAUGGUUUCGUUCCUAAUGAUGUGACAUGGCAUGUCCUAGUGAACAAUUUUGUUGCAGAAGGGUUGUAUUCUAGAUCAACAACUUGAAAUGGUUUUUUCAUGCCGAAAUGGUUUUGUGAACUCUACAGUCAAAUUAUUGGGCAUGAAAAUGGUGAACUGAACCCCCAUUGUGAUUCAAACAUUUGCAAGAGAGUUCGAGGUAAUAUUUGCAAGAGAGUUCGAGGUAAUAUUUGCAAGACAGUUUAAAGAUGAUGUUGAUCCUCAGUGGUGAAGGUUGAGAAGGCUCCAUUGGAAAUCGUAUGCGGAUAUUGGUGGACUAGAUGCACAAAUUCAGGAGAUCUAGGAAGCAGUAGAGCUUCCCUUAACACAUUCCGAGUUGUGUGGAGAUUUAGGUAUUAGACCAACUACUGGGGUCAUUCUCUAUGGAGAGCCUGGCACUGGAAAAACAUUGCUGGCAAAGGCAAUUGCUAACACAACCUCCACGACUUUCUUGUGUGUUGUUGAAAGUGAAUCGAUUUAAAAGUACUUGGGAGAUGGUCCCAAAUUGGUCAGGGAACUGUUCAUGGUUGCAGAUGAUCUCUCACCGUUUAUUGUCUUCAUUGACGAAAUUGAUGCAUUCGGUACCAAAAAAUAUGAUGCACACUCAGGAGGUGAGCUUGAGAUUCAGCGUACCAAGUUGGAACUGCUUAACCAGCUGGACGGUUUUGAUUCGAGGGGAGAUGUUAAGUUUAUCAUCCCCACUAAAUAGAUUGAGAGCCGUGACCCUGCCGUACUCUGUCCAGAUACACACAUCAAGGAUGUCGUUGGCUGAUGAUGUCAACUUAGAAGAGUUUGUGAUCACUAAGGACGAGUUUUCUAGAGCUGAUAAUCUGAUAUUAAAGCAUUUUGUACCGAAGCUGGUUUGCUUCUAAGAGACAGGCACAUGAAGGUAGUGCAUGCUGAUUUCAAGAAAGCAAAAGAUAAGGUCAUGUUUAAGAAGAAAUAGGGAGUCCCAUAAGGGCUUUACAUGUAGUUCUCUUAUUGUCAUUUGAUCCCAAAAAUGUUUUGUACUGUGGCAAGUUUUAAUGACUUCUUUUAUCCAUUUGGGUAAUUUGUGCGUAAACAUACAACUCUCUGUCUCUGUCUAAGAACAUUUCGGGUUAUCACUAUAUGAAGUUCCAUUUCCCAGUUUCUUUUCUUAUUGGUUUCUUGGUUUGUGGAAUGGUAACGGAGCAGACCUCCCAGUCCUAAUAUAUAGGAACCGGAACUAGAGCAACAGAUGCUGGUUAACAGUGGUAUGCAAUCAGGCAUCAGCCAAUGACUGGCUAAAAGGGUAGUUCCGAAAUGUUACUCACUGUUUGACAUAUGUUAAAUUGUUAAUGCUGUUACCUAAAAGUUUAACUCUGGAGUCUGGAGCUCUUUGCUUCUUCUUUUCGUUAUUAUAGUCC